AUGCGCGACGCCGACGCCGACGGCGUCUCGGUGAGAGCGGAGACGACGACGGUGGACGGGACGAAGACGACGAAGACGACGAAGACGACGAAGACGACGAAGACGACGCGCGCGAGAGGGGCGCAGGUGGAGAACGAGACCGUCGAAAGAGGGGUGCAGAGCGAACGAGGAGGGCUCGUGAACGCUGGCGUGGCGUGUGCGGAUGAAAGCGACGGCGAUGGGGAGGUGUUGGACGACGAGACGUUCGCGCGAGCGCUCGGCGGGGCGUUGCGGCGAUGCGAAGAGGCGUUGACGGCGAGAAGGUCGUACGGUGACGUGAUGGAGGAUGAAUUCGCGCGGAUGCGUCGGUAUGCCGAACAAAAUUCUUUGUGGACUCGUCUCGGAGCGCAUCGCCGCGCCGAGGGAUGA